UACUGCCCCCUAUAGGGGCGGGUCUUCCUUAUUUGGAUAACGGGGUUGUGGAUUUCAUAGCACAGAGUGGUCUUCCAGCGAUAAGACACAAAACUUUUGAAGACUCUGGAAAUACUAAAGCUGAGUGAAUCGGAAAGAAAAAAAAAAACCUUUGAAAGGAAAAAAAAGGAGCAAAGGUAAAAGUGAGAACAGCUGGACGGCUGAAGGGAGCAGACCAGCCAAAACGGCGAGAGGCAGAGACGGAGAUAAGGCGGUGGCAAACAAGGAGACAUUGAGAGGGAAGCACAUGGUGUAAAAUGCCCACAAAUUUCACCGUGGUCCCCGUGAAGGACAGCUCGGGAAAGGCGAGCGAGAGGAUCGAAGAGGACGAUGGCGAUGAGAACGAUGAGUCGAGGGAGAACGAGGACGCCGCAGGUGACGGCGUCCCAAAGGAAAACAGCCCCUUCAUCAACAACACAGACAACGACAAGAGUAGCAGUUACGAUGGCACCAACAUGGCACUUUUUGAGGAGGAGAUGGACAGCAACCCCAUGGUGUCAUCGCUUCUCGAUAAACUGGCAAACUACACAAAUCUCACGCAGGGAGCCCAGGAACACGAGGAGGCCGAUGACGACGAGGGCUCCAAAAAGAAAGCCAUCAAGAGUCCUCAAAUGGGAACUUUUAUGGGCGUCUAUCUCCCCUGCCUCCAGAACAUUCUGGGAGUCAUCCUUUUUCUACGCCUUACCUGGAUCGUCGGCACGGCCGGCAUCUUAGAGUCUCUGGCGAUAGUCGGCUUGUGCUGCUCUUGUACCAUGCUGACAGCCAUCUCCAUGAGUGCAAUUGCGACAAACGGCGUCGUGCCAGCGGGAGGUUCCUACUAUAUGAUUUCCAGAUCACUUGGCCCCGAGUUUGGUGGAGCUGUCGGUCUCUGUUUCUACCUGGGUACGACUUUUGCGGGCUCCAUGUACAUCCUGGGUACUAUUGAGAUUCUAUUGACCUACAUUGUGCCGAAGGCGGCCAUCUUUGUGGCGGAAAAGAAGGAGGACCAAGGCGACGCCCUCCUGAACAACAUGCGCGUCUACGGCACGUGCUGCCUGACGCUGAUGUCCGUGGUUGUCUUUGUGGGAGUCAAAUAUGUCAACAAACUUGCCUUGGUCUUCCUGGCCUGUGUCAUUCUCUCCAUCCUCGCCAUCUACGCCGGCGUCAUCAAGACCAUCUUUGAGCCGCCCGACUUCCCCGUCUGCAUGUUGGGAAACCGCACAUUGCAGAACCACAACUUCGACAAGUGUCUUAAGAUGGACAUGGUGGAUAAUGUGACUGCCACCACGCAGCUGUGGAAGCUGUUCUGCAACGGCCCUGAUUUCAACGCCACCUGCGACGAGUAUUUCCUCAACAACAACGUGACCCAGAUUCAAGGCAUCCCGGGACUUACCAGUGGGGUUAUUUCAGAAAAUAUGUGGUCGGAAUAUGGGCCGCUGGGCAUGUUGGUUGAAAACAAGAAGUUGUCAUCGGUUGGAGGAAGCGAUCCCACGCAGGACAUCGACCUGCCCUAUGUCGUCAAUGACAUUGCUUCCUUCUUCACGCUGCUUGUCGGGAUCUACUUCCCCUCUGUCACUGGUAUCAUGGCCGGUUCUAAUCGAUCGGGUGAUUUGCGAGAUGCCCAAAGGUCCAUCCCAGUUGGAACCAUCCUGGCUAUCUUUACCACCUCCAUCAUAUAUUUCACCUGUGUGGUGCUCUUUGGUGCCUGCAUUGAGGGCGUUUUACUUCGAGACAAGUUUGGCGACUCCGUCAAAGGCAACCUUGUGAUUGGCACGCUGUCGUGGCCUUCACCUUGGGUCAUUGUCAUUGGCUCCUUCUUCUCUUGCUGUGGCGCGGGGCUCCAGAGUUUGACCGGUGCCCCACGCCUGCUGCAAGCCAUCGCACGAGACGGCAUCGUACCUUUCUUACAGGUAUUUGGUCACGGAAAGGCCAACGGAGAGCCGACCUGGGCUCUCCUACUGACCGCCGGCAUCUGCGAGAUUGGAAUACUCAUCGCUUCUUUGGAUGCCGUGGCGCCGAUCCUCUCCAUGUUUUUCCUCAUGUGCUACCUGUUUGUCAACCUGGCGUGCGCCGUUCAGACUUUACUUCGAACCCCAAACUGGAGGCCGCGCUUCAAAUAUUACCACUGGGCUCUCUCUUUUCUGGGAAUGAGCUUGUGCCUGGCUCUCAUGUUCAUUUCGUCCUGGUAUUAUGCCAUCGUUGCCAUGGUCAUCGCCGGCUGCAUCUACAAAUACAUUGAAUACAGAGGGGCAGAAAAGGAGUGGGGCGACGGCAUCCGCGGCCUUUCGCUCAACGCCGCCCGUUUCGCCCUCAUUCGUUUAGAGGAGGCUCCCCCGCACACCAAGAACUGGAGGCCUCAGUGUUUGGUGCUGUUGAAUCUGGACUCAGACCAAGCGGUGAAGCAUCCGCGCCUGCUGUCGUUCACCUCUCAGCUGAAGGCCGGAAAAGGCCUAACCAUCGUGGGAAAUGUAUUGGAGGGGACUUUUCUCACAAAGGAAGCCGAAGCAAAAAAGGCCGAGCAGAACAUCAAGUCUUCCAUGACGGCAGAGCGGACCAAGGGUUUCUGCCAUGUUGUCGUUUCCUCCAACCUCCGAGACGGGGUCUCCCAUCUAAUCCAGUCGGCCGGGUUGGGCGGCAUGAAGCAUAACACGGUCCUAAUGGCCUGGCCGGGAACCUGGAAGCAGUCCAAUGACCCGCAGUCGUGGAGGAAUUUCAUAGAGACGGUGCGGGAGACCACGUCCGCGCACCAGGCCUUGCUUGUCGCGAAGAACGUGGACAGCUUCCCCACCAAUCAAGACCGCCUCGGCGAGGGAACCAUCGACGUGUGGUGGGUGGUUCACGACGGAGGCCUGUUGAUGCUGCUGCCUUUCCUGCUGCGACAGCACAAAGUGUGGAGAAAGUGCAAGAUGCGCAUUUUCACCGUGGCCCAGAUGGAUGACAACAGCAUCCAGAUGAAAAAAGAUCUCCAAACGUUCCUUUAUCACCUGCGGCUCAACGCAGAGGUGGAAGUGGUGGAAAUGCAUGAUAAUGACAUCUCGGCCUUCACCUAUGAGAAGACUCUCGUGAUGGAGCAGAGGUCUCAGAUGCUGAAACAGAUGCAGCUAUCCAAGACUGAGAGGGAGCGAGAGAUUCAGAGUAUCACUGACGAAUCACGUAACUCAAUCCGGAGGAAGAACCAAGGUGCUGCCGAGGGCGCAAGCCUCAGCCGGCAGUCCUCUCCGACGGAGGACACGCAGGAGGAUGAGGCCCAACUGAUCCAUGACCGAAACACGGCCUCCCGCGCCUCCAUGAACGACAAGUCCGAAGCCGUCCCCGAUCGGGUUCACAUGACCUGGACCAAGGACAAGCUUUUCACAGAGCGGAACCGCAACCGCGAGUGCAACUCCAACGUGGCCAUGCGAGACCUCUUCAACAUGAAGCCAGAGUGGGGGAGCUUAAACCAGACCAACGUCCGCCGCAUGCACACGGCCAUCAAACUGAACGAGGUGGUGGUCAACAAGUCCCAGGGAGCCCACCUGGUUCUGCUCAACAUGCCGGGACCACCCAAGAACCGGGGAGGAGACGAGAACUAUAUGGAAUUCCUCGAGGUUUUGCUGGAGGGUCUGAACCGAGUCCUGCUUGUCCGAGGCGGUGGGCGGGAAGUUAUUACAAUCUACUCUUAGAGGGGAGGGGUGGGGCAAAAACAAAAAAAACAAUAAGAACCUCCCACCCCAUUCUGUAUAUUAUGGGCCGUCGCCUUGGAUAUCAGUCACCAGGCAUUUAUUUUGAAAGGGAGGACACUUAAUUGGGUUCCUAUUAAGAUGGGAUGGCGGAAUCACUAGUGAUUGAUGGUUAGUCAGCGGGUGCUUGGGAAAGGAGGAGAGAUGUUGCGGGCUCGCUCGCGAGCGAGGCGGGUGCACGCGAGGCCACGCUACAAAAAAAACAGCAACAAAAAAUAGCGCAUAGAGACACUUUAUAUUUUUCAUUCAACUCGUGACGAGGUUAUUUUGUUUGUUCACCUUCUUUCCCCUCGUUGUUGUCAUGUUGUCAACACUCGGCGUUGACUGUGAUGUUGCACCUCGUAGUCUCUUUUACUCUUUGGUGGCCCAAGAGAGUUUUGUGUGCUCGGUGAAGUGAAACACGUCGUAGGGAGUUGUUGUGCUGCAGCUGUGUGAUUGGAGAAGCCCACCCUUUGCUGGCUUUUCUCAGCUUGUUUAUCACACACGCAAACAUCCUCAGCUAUGAAUGGCCAAAAAUGUAUUUACGUUUGUCAUCUCCUCCUUUCUUGGAUGACAUCAUCAUUGGCCUUCGCUGCAUUGAAAGAGUCAACAAAAGCACAACUCGCAUCUUACACUGACAGACUUUUGCACUAACCAGAAUCUUACAAGUUUGCGUUGUGGCUAGGGCACGUCAAAACCACACUAUUUACCGUUUUACAGACACACACACACACACACACACACACACACACACACACACACACACAGCUUUGUGCACCUGACUGAAUUCGCUGAAUUGCUUAAAUCCAUAGAAUAAGAAGAGAAAGUGCCAAAAUAAUUUAAAAGGAAACUGUGGAAGUCUUAAUGUUACGCCCACCCCCAAAUUAUGAUUAUCAACUCAUAAAAAUCAACAAUUUCUUUCAUAGAUGUGACUCAGAAAUUGCGACCGUUUAAAGUUUCAAAACUCAAAUUUCCCCAUGGCAUUUGUCCGCUCCGCAGUUUCUUUCAAUUUGCAGUAUUUUUUAAGUGAUAAAAGUUGGAUUUUCCUGCACGUCUUUGCUUGAAAAUGUCCAACUUGUGAGUCCAGUGGUCAUGUUCGUAUAUUUUUGUGUUUUGUUGUGUUUUGUUCAAUUGUCGUAUGGUUGAGCAGCUGUAGUUUUUCCUUACGUGAACUGAACUUCUGUUACUUUGCGUGUCUGUUGAUUUUUAUCAAAAGUGGCAGUUUGAACAAGUAUGCGUAAAUGAAGACAGCUCCAUUUUACAGUACAGCUUUUAUUUUUUUUCAACCCACCUGAAAUGCAACCUUCCGAAUACAGCAACAAACUUUUGAAGCAAGCAAGGUACAUGGGAAAAAGCUGCAUGACACUGUUACAGUCUUUCUUUGUCAUUUUUAGCCUCACAAAGAAGUUACGCUAUAAACAUUGUCUCGUUUUGAGAAAUUAAAACCAAAAUCAUGUUAUUCAAGUUUAUUUUUAAUUCUGUUGCUGUGCUCAGUGGCACUAAAAUGUAAUCUUAAUACCUUGAACAAAAGAUGGUGCAAAAGAGUUGACCGGGGUGCUGGAGGUGUUGUUUCGCAACUCAGUGAACUGGGAGGUGACUGGAGAAUGUUAUCUACCUCAAAGGUGUCACGGAGGCUUGAAGACACACACACAAAAAAAAUAUGGACACACAUUGCAGUUUCACUAAGGAGGGAAAAAAGAGGGGGGGAAAAGCCUCGGCUCUAUGAGGCAAGCGGCAUAGUUGUGUGUGUUUGUGUGCGUGUAUGGGUGUUUGCGUGUACGCGUGUGUGCGUCUACCUGUGUGCAUAUGCGUGUCUGUGUGUUCUGAGAAGUGAAGAAGCUGCUUUAUUUUCGUCCUGCCCGACGCCUGGUGGCCGUCACUGGACGGAACAGGAAGUCACUUUGUGGGAGCACGCGUAGAGACGGUAGCCCUGUAAAUUAUAUUUGUGCCUCUCUGAGUAACUAUUAAAAAGUGCUGA